UAUGUGACUCCUUCCCCAACCCCUGCUGCUAGGUAUGCACCUAAGGCGACUGAAUGCGGAAUUAGAAGCAAAAACAGAAAAACUGGUGCGUCAGGCUGAAGAAGUAAUUGCAGGCCAACAGGAGAUACUAUCUAGACCAGUUUCAGUACAGACUAAGUCAUGUGAAGACAACAGACAGAGAGAUCCACUCUGUCCUGAAGUUUCAUCUCUUAAACACUCACAUGCCGAGCUAGCAAACAAGAAGAAACGUGCUUCCACGCCCACGGCUCAGAGCAGACCAUACUCUGGAAGUAAGGGAAAAAGAACAACUCCAAGUUCAAAAAUAAGAAACGUGGAAGUACAAAGUGCCGAUGAUGUUGCAGUACUGGAGGAUUGCAUGGAUUUUUCUUUAGCAAAAACAAUAAGCAAGAUUGAAGAAGAACUAGAGAAAAGAGGCUUACCAGAUUGUCUAGAUGAUGAUAUUAUUCCAAGCAUUGGAAAUGAAAUCGGAGCAGAAGCUCAAAUCAGAUUUCUUAAGGCAAAGUUACGUGUUAUGCAGGAAGAGCUGAAUAGUGUAGUGUGUGAAUGCAGGAAAAAGGAUGAUGAAAAUCAGAAUUUAAAAACUCGGCUUAAAAGUACUGAAGAAGAAAACACCAGACUGCAACGAACAAUCAAUAUGCAACAUUCUCAGACUGAAAAGUACAAAAUGUUGUCACAAGAAGCAAACAAAAAAAGUGAAGGGCUACAACAAGAGGUCAUUGCGCUAGAAAAGGAAUUGGAGAAUCUAAAGCGUGUACAAAAGCAGGCUGCAAUCAGUCAGAGUGCAACAGAGGUUCGCUUAAACAGGGCCCUGGAAGAAGCAGAAAGGUAUAAAGUGGAGCUGAAUAAACUGAAGCAAAGUAACAAGGAUGUAGCUAACCAAGAACUCAAAACAAUUGAAGAAUUAAAAACAGAAAACAAGAAACUGCAGAAACAAAAAGGAGAGCUAAUGACAGGUUUUAAAAAGCAGUUAAAGUUAAUUGAUAUUUUAAAGAGACAAAAGAUGCACAUUGAAGCUGCUAAGAUGCUUUCUUUUACUGAAGAGGAAUUCAUGAAAGCUCUUGAGUGGGGAAAUUAUUGAUUCCAUAAAAAAACAAC